CCUUACUCAACACACAAUUUCUUCUCUCUUAACACCGUAUCCUUCACUUCACUUCUCCGAACUUAAGUGGUAGGAAGUUACAAACCCCAGCAAAUUUUCUGAAAACAAAAUCAGAUUUGAUGGCUUUGGAAACUCUGAACUCUCCAGUUGCGGCCGGCAGACCAUUCCCUUUUGAGGAUGCUGCUAAUUUCCACUGCGCGGAUUCCUGGGCCAAGCGGAAGCGCUCCAAGCGACCCCGUCUUGAGCAUGGAUUUGAUCAGGCUUCCAGUGAGGAAGAGUAUCUCGCUCUUUGUCUCAUCAUGCUUGCUCGUGGAAGUACUGCUACUGCUGGUAGUGCCCCAGAGCGCCACCGCUCUCCCACUCCUACACCAGUACCGAUAUCGACGACGGUUCCGGAUCUGAAAUUGAGUUACAAGUGUAGUGUUUGCAGCAAGUCGUUUAGUUCUUACCAAGCUCUAGGCGGUCACAAGGCUAGUCACCGCAAGCUGUCUGGCGGCGACGACCAGUCAACAAUUUCCACGACCACCUCCGCAAUCACCACCGUCGCAGGCGCGUUACCCGCAAGCGGAAGGGCACACAAGUGUUCCAUCUGUCACAAGAGCUUCCCCACCGGCCAGGCUUUGGGAGGCCACAAGAGGUGCCACUACGAUGGUGGCGCCGGAAACAGCGGCACCACUUCCUCUGAAGGCGUGGGCUCCACCACCACGAAGACAGUCAGCCAGCGGGGCUUUGACCUAAACCUUCCGGCUAUCUAUUACGAUGACGAUGAGGUCCAGAGUCCCCACCCGACGAAGAAGGCCCGCGUCCUGAUUCCAACAAAGCUCGAACUCAAUUAAGAUCAUUGAAUUAGGAACUGCUAUCCAUCUUAAUUACCAUUAGAAUUUAGUUCAGAUACAUUGUGUUUCUUUUCUUCCUGCCGGAGAGAAUUUGGUGUACAUAUAGCACUUGAUUAACUUCUCAAUUGCUAUUAACUGUAUUGAAUCCAAUUAAUUAAAUUCAUUUAUUUCCU